UUUAAGUUACUUUAAUGAAAGUAGUACAGAAUUGUACAUUUCCCUACCAGGUCUGCUUAGCCUAACGCAGUUAACAUUUCUGAUAGUGAGAAAAUGAAAUCAGAGAAUUUGGCAAUGGGUAUAGUCUUUGUCUUUCAGACUGCAGUGGGGAUUCUGGGAAACUCCUCAGUUCUGCUUCAUUAUUUAAUGCCAGGAUCGACUGGAAAGAGUUUGGUACUUAAAAACCUGAUCGUAAAGCACUUGGCUCUUGCCAACUGCUUGUCUCUUAUUUCUAGAGGAACUCCUCAGAUAAUGGCCGAGUUCGGCAUGAAACAUUUCCUAGGUGACGUUGGGUGUAAACUUAUACUUUACCUUUAUCGUGUAUCCCGGGGGAUUGCCCUGCACGCCACGUGCCUUCUGAGUUGUUUCCAGGCAACCACAAUGGCCUCCAGUAGGACAAGUUGGAUGAAGCUUAAACACAAAGCCAUCAAGUACAUGGGUCCUUCCUGCUCACUCAGCUGGCUUCUGCAUCUGCUCCUGAACAUCAUGAUACCGAUGAGAGUGACUGGACCUAGUGACAGAAGGAAUGCCACUAAGAGCUUGAAACUGAGUAUAGGCUAUUGCUCAUGGUUUGUUUCAGGAGGCAUUGCAACCCCACUGUAUAUAUUCUUCCUGUGUUUCACUGAUGGCCUGUGUUUGUGUCUCAUGUCUUCGGCCAGUGUCUUCAUGGUGGGCAUCCUCUACAGCCAUAAGAGGCAGGUACAGUACAUCCACAGAGCCCGAAAUCCUCUGGAAGUCUCUCCCGAGUCCAGGGCAAUCCAAACCAUCCUGACACUUGUGUGCACCUUUGUCGUCUUCUACUCCGUCUCGUCUAUCUUGCUUCUGUACUCCGCCUUGUUUCGUAAUCCAGAGUUGUGGAUCAUAAAUCUCAUUGCAAUUUUAGAAACCUGUUUCCCUUCAUUUUGCCCCUUUGUGCUCAUCAGUAGUAACAGUUCAGCCUCCAGGCACUUUCUUCUCUGCUGGUGGAAAAGGUAA